CAUUUGUUUCCAACUGCAACGUACGGUUCGUAUAAAUCGCUAAUUGCUUUCAGAAAGGGUCAGAGUUGUCCGAUCUUAACUGAAGUAGAAACUAUUCCAUUAGAUCAUCUUUUGGAGUCAUCAACAGAUCAGCUGCCGUUGAGAUCAGCAAUAGUCGGAACACUUUCUUAUAAAGGGUUUCUUCCACCGGCGAAGGAAGGCGGUGCGGAAGCGAUGCUUCCGUUCGGUUGGCGGUUCUUAAAGGUCAUGUUUCCCGGUUUUCAGACUAAACUGACUCUGCCGCCCUUGGUUUGUGAAAAACUUAAUGGAGAAAAGUCAUCAAAAGCAACUUUAGUUACUGCAAAGGGUUCAUGGGAUGUGGAGAUAGAAAAUGGUGACCAAGGAAACCUUUGUUUUGGGAAGGGGUGGGAUGCAUUUGUCAUGAACCAUGGAAUAAGAGUGGAAGAUUUUGCAGUAUUUGAAUACACAGGUGGAAUUUGCUUUAAUGUUUCAUUGCUAGACAAAAAUGGCAAUGAGAAAAAGAUGGAUUCUAUCAGGCCAGGAGAGCAAGAUGAUCAGAAGAUAGAUUCUCCUAAACCCAACCCAAUAAAAAAAGAGCACAUUGAGCUUUCUGCUGUGAAGGUGGAGAGGGAUGAAGAGAUUAUUACUUCUCAACUCAAUUCUCGUCUUGCUCCACUUUUGCAAAUAUUGGCUGAGAUGGACAAUGAUGAUUUCACUUCAUAUGAUGGAGAGAAAGGACCGCCUCCAAACACUACCCUAUCUGGUAAUUCGGUUAAUAGGGAACUUAUCCCUUUUCAAGUUGAUGAUGUCAAACCAAUAGCCCAAAUAAAACCUCAGAAUAAUGACAUAAAAAGCAGUUCUACAAAGCGGAAAAGGGAGGACAGUGCGAAAAAAGUGGGCAUUAAAAGGAAAAGACCACCCAAAGUGAACACAUCUUCUCCUGAGCAAAAUCUGCAAUUUUCAUCAGUAAUGAAGUCAUACCAUCUCCGUCGUCGAUCUCCUUAUAUGCAUGUCCCUGCAGUGUUUUGUGUGGCAAAUAAUCUAUAUCAAAACGCAAGACUAACUCUGAAAGGCCCAAUAGUUGAGGAAGAAGUCAGCCUUAGGGUUUGCAAUGGAGGGAACACGAAAUAUGCAGUCAUCACUAGGGGUUGGCCAGAGUUCAUUGCAGGAAACAAACUCAGAGAGGGAGACACCUGCAUCUUCAAACUACAGUGUGCUGGAACUAGUUCAGCUGGUGCUGUGUUGGAUGUCGAGGUUGUCCCGGCAUAAUUCUAGGGUUAGAUGGUACUUUACCCGAAUGUAUAUACACCGACGGACUAAUCUGGUUCACUUAAUAUUGCCAGUUUUUUGGGAUACUAAUUUAGGAAAUUAUAUUUGUGUUAUAGAAUGCUAACUUUUCAAGGCUGGUUUUACAAUAUGCUGUCCCAAUUGGAGGUCUCUUAUUUGGUAUGCAUGGCAUGUAUAGAGAAGUUCAGUGUUCUACUAAACAAAAUUUGAGAGAGAUUGAGAGAAGAGUGAAAGUGAUUGAGACGGAGGGAGUAUUCUUUUUACAAAGUUCCCUUUUUGUCAUCCCAAAGUGAAUUUCAAUUUUCUCUUUUUUUUUUUUUGGUAAAGAAUGUAUAGUUCACUUUACACAUUUUCUGAACAACUCUCCACCACAUAAUUUAGGGACGGAGAGAGCAUUGUUUUUACGGACUCACACUAAUACUUUUUUCUUUCUAGACCCCUAUUUGUUACGACAUUAACAAAUCGAUAUACUGGAUAGACGUUUUAACAUAUUAACAAACUACAUUGGUGCAAAGUAUAAAACUCAAAUCAAACUUUAAUAAGGGAAUCUUGUAUCCCUCAUUUGUAAUCAUGUAAUGCUAGGUCAUUUCGUGCUCUCCCCCAAACAUGAAACAUGGUUGAGAUCUGCCGAUCUGGAGUCUUCGCCGGCCACGAACCAGCUUUGAAACGGUAGAAGACCAACUAAUGGCGCCAUCACUAGGAGCUAGCUGGUCAGAUCAGAAAUUAAAAUUCAUUUUGUGCAUCGUCUAAACGCCACAGUAUCUUCUUGAGGAUUUCUGGAAAAACUGAGCUCUAUUAAUGCAUGCUUUCUGUUAUUGACCACUGGGUAAACUCUUUUUUCUCCAAAUGAUAUUAAGUUAAGAAGUAAUCAAACCCAAGAAGACAGAACUUUCACAAAAAAGGGAAAGAAGGAAAAAGCAGAGACUUGUUUAUAGGACUCAGUACAAUGCAGUAUCUCUGCCCGUAUCCUGGUAAUUAUGAGCUGUACUUUGAGGUCUGGACUCUUGUUUCCUGUGUUGUGUUUGUUUCUCUACGAAAAAGAAGAAAAGGAAACAAGAAAAUUCUCUUUUUCGUUGGACUUGAGCGUAUUCUACACCAAAUUGCUCUCGAGACCAGAGAAUCUUUGUAAGCUCUCUCUUUUAAAAUGGAAGCCAAGGUGCCCAGAUUCUUCAUGGUGUUGCCUCCUGGUUUUGAAGCCAGACUGAGGCUUCCACCGAUUAUAUCAUGGAAACUGGGUGAAAAGAAGGCACAAAAAGUUUUGUUAAUAACAGGAAAGGGAACCUCUCCGGUCACAAUCCAGAAGUUUCAAGAUGGGAGGCUAUGGUUCACCAAGGGGUGGCAUGCUUUUGUCCUCAAACAUGGCCUUGUUGCUGGAGACUAUAUCACUUUUAAAUACAUGGGUAGCUCUAAUUUAAAAGUCACAGUUUAUAGUGAGACCUGCUGUGAGAAGUUUUUCAUUGAUGAACCUAAGGCAGAAGUUAAGGCUGAAACGUGGAAGAAAAAUGCCAGCCCAUUGGUGGAGUCUGAAGCUGAAGAAAUGCCUCCCCCGCCUCCUCCUCCUACCCAACACCAUUUUCAUAUGAAUGAUGGUUCAAAUUCCAGGGAGGGACUCAAUGGGAAUCAUCUUUUGGAGGCAUCAACAGAUCAGCUUCCGUUCGGUUGGCGGUUCUUAAAGGUCAUGUUUCCCGGUUUUCAGACUCAACUGACUCUGCCGCCCUUGGUUUGUGAAAAACUUAAUGGAGAGAAGUCACCAAUAGCAACUUUAGUUACUGCAAAGGGUUCAUGGGAUGUGGAGAUAGAAAAUGGUGACCAAGGAAACCUUUGUUUUGGGAAGGGGUGGGAUGCAUUUGUCAGGAACCAUGGAUUAAGAGUGGGAGAUUUUGCAGUAUUUGAAUACAUAGGUGGAAUUUGCUUUAAUGUUUCAUUGCUAGACAAAAAUAGCAAUGAGAAAGAGAUGGAUUCUGUCAGGCCAGGAGAGGAAGAUGAUCAAAAGUUAGAUUCUACUAAACCCAACCCAAUCGAUAAAGAGAGCUUUGAGCUUUCUGCUGUGAAGGUGAAAAGGGAUGAAGAUAUUAUCACUUCUCAACUCAAUUCUCGUCUUGCUCCACUUUUGCAAAUAUUGGCUGAGAUGGACAAUGAUGAUUUCACUUCCUGUGAUGGAGAGAAAGGACCGCCUCCAAACACUACUCCAUCUGGUAAUUCAGUCAAUAGGGAACUUAUCCCUUUUCAAGUUGAUGAUGUCAAACCAAUUUCCCAAAUAAAACCUCAGAAUAAUGACAUAAAAAGUGGUUCUACAAAGCGGAAACGGGAGGACGGUGCGAAAAAAGUGGACGUCAAAAGGAAAAGAGCUCCUAAAGUAAACACAUCUUCUCCUGAACAAAAUCCGCAAUUUUCAUCAAUAAUGAAGUCAUACCAUCUCCGUCGUCGAUCUCCUUUUAUGCAUAUUCCUGCAGUAUUUUGUGUGGCUAACAAUCUAUAUCAAAAUGCAAGACUGACUUUGAGAGGCCCAAUAGUUGAGCAAGAAGUCAGCCUUAGGGUUUGCAAUGGAGGGAACACCAAAUAUGCAGUCAUCACUAAUGGUUGGCGGGAGUUCAUUGCAGGAAACAAACUCAGAAAGGGAGACACCUGCAUCUUCAAACUGCAGUGUGCUGGAACUAGUUCAGCUGGUGCUCUGUGGGAUGUUGAGGUUGUUCCUGCAUAAUUCUAGGGUUGGAUGGUUAACAUUGCCAGUUUCUUGGGAUACUGAUUUAGGAAAUUAUUUUUCUCUUAGACUUGCAGUUAAUGCUAACUUUUCAAGGCUGGUUUUACAAUAUGCUGUCCCAAUUUGAACUCUCUUAUUUGGUAUGCUUGACAUGUAUGCUUUACAAUAUGCUCUACAUAUAGAGAAGUUGAGUCUUCUAAACAGAAAUUAAGAGAGAUUGAGAGAAGAGUGAAAGUGAUUGAAUGGACAGAGAGAAAUGAAG